ACUGGACCCCGAUGCGAUGACCAGUCUGACGGACGCCCUGCGGUUCUGGACCUGAUCCUGGUGGACUGGUGGAGUAUGAGACAGAGCAAAUGGCCGUGUGAAAACUCACUGACACACAGAACUGACCGCAGAACCACUUGGGAACUGGUGUCGGAAGAGAGGAGGUGACCACGAACAGUCAUGGGAUGUGGCGUCUCAAAGUCCGACCAGUUCCACAAACACUCUGGAAAAGCUAUAAGAGCUGCUGUGCUGAUUCAGCGAUGGUACCGUCAGUAUGUCGCCCGGGCGGAGAUGAGACGCAGAUACACCUGGCACAUCUUCCAGUCCAUCGAGUACUCCGGAGAACAGGCUCAGAUAAAGCUUUACAAUUUCCUCGGCUACCUCAUGGACAAUUUCACACCCGCAAGCAAUGAACGAAAUCUGAUCUCGCACAUCUUCAGAGAGAACGAGGUUUGUCGGGACGCCGAGUGGGAGAGGUACUUCUGCUACAAGAACAUCGAGGUGCCAGAGAUCUACACUGGACCUCAUCUCUUCUUCCCUCUGACGGUGGAGCAGGCAGUCGGGCUGGUGGAGGCCUUCAGGAACAAGAAGCAGCUGCACUCGCGCUACGUCCUCCAGCUACUGGCCGAGACCUGGAAACUUUUUCGCAUGAUGCCGAACAUCAAUCGAAUCUCCACCUGCCAGAGCAAAGAAAUCACUAUCUGUGGCGACCUGCACGGACAACUGGAGGACCUGCUGCUGAUCUUCUACAAGAAUGGCAUGCCGUCCUUGGAGAAGCCCUACUUGUUUAACGGAGACUUUGUUGACCGAGGCAAAGACUCCAUCGAGAUCCUGAUCAUCCUGUUUGCGUUCCUGCUCGUCUACCCCAGUGAGGUCUACCUCAACAGAGGGAACCACGAGGACCAUAUAGUCAAUCUCAGGUACGGCUUCACAAAGGAGGUGUUGACUAAAUACAAGAUGCACGGCAAACGGAUCCUGAAGCUGCUGCAGAAGAUCUUCAGCUGGCUGCCAUUAGCCACAGUGAUCGACCAGAAGGUGCUGGUUCUUCAUGGAGGAAUCUCCGACACCACAGACCUCGGCGUCCUCACCCGGGUGGACCGGCACAAUUAUGUUUCAGCCCUGAGGCCUCCAAAGAAGAGGCACAUCAUCUCAACAGGGACGUCCAUCGACUCGGACGUGGACGAGGACGUCUGGGGCACCAACAAGUCCUUCCAGCGCCGGGCCUCUCUCAUCUACCCCAAGCCUCUGGGAACCCGGGGCAGCUUCCACAACCGCUCGCUGCAGGACUUCUCUGACCGGAUCAGAGGGAACGAGGAGGACGAUCUGGAGGCCCGCAAGAGGAGACAGUCUGUCUUCAUCAACAGGUCCACAGAAAAAGAGACGACACUGACCGUGUCCACUGACUCUGUCAGCAGUGACAACGUCAGAGACGAAUGGAAACAGAUCCUGGACCUGCUGUGGAGCGACCCGAUGAGCCAGGACGGCUGCGUGCCCAAUGAGGUGCGGGGCGGAGGCUGCUACUGGGGCCCCGACGUCACCGAGGACUUUCUGAACCGACACAACCUGCAGCUCAUCAUCCGCUCCCACGAGUGUAAACAGGAGGGCUAUGAGUUCUGCCACAAUCGGAAGGUCCUGACUCUGUUCUCUGCCUCCAACUACUAUGACGUGGGAAGCAACAGGGGCGCCUACGUGAAGCUGGGACCAGACCUUGUGCCUUAUAUGAUUCAGUACCAGGCCACCAGCAUGACCAGAGAGCUCACCGUUCGACAAAGUGUGGGUCGGACCGAGCGCUCGGCCCUCAAAGUCCUGAGGGAGCAGCUGUUUGCGCACAAAUCUGAUCUCAUCUGUGCCUUCAAGAAGCUCGACACAAACAACACAGGUCUUGUGUCUCUGAACGACUGGGCCACUGCAGUGGAGAGCGUGAUGCACCUGGGUCUGCCCUGGAGGAUGAUGCGCGGCCAACUCGUCACCUGCAAGACCAGCGACGGCACGGUCGACUUCAACGAGUGGUUCAACGAGCUCGCCAUCAAGAGACCGAACACGGACCACAUCGACCAGAGCCUGCUGGAGACUCUGUAUCGCCACCGCUCCACCUUGGAGACCAUCUUCAGAAUCGUCGACACGGACAACUCAGGCUUCAUCACCAUCGAGGACUUCCGGCAGACCUGGAAGCUGCUGAGCGUCUACCUAAAGAUGGAGAUCACGGACGAGGCCAUCUCCGACCUGUCCGUCACCAUUGACAGAAACCAGGACGGCAGCAUCGACAUCGACGAGUUCAUGGAGGCCUUCCGCCUCACGGACAAGAAGAGCCGGCUGGAGCGAGGGCGCAGCAUGUUCAUGGGCACGGCCACCGACCUCACCAAGCUGGACGAGGACCCCAACAUCUGAGCGGGGAGCCGGAGUGAAAGACUGAAAAUAGAGAGGGACCUCAGCUCAGGCUGCUCGCCCGGUAAGGGGAGGGCGUGGACAUGUGCAGGGAACGCCGGCUGCCUCUGUGACGCACGUUAAGACAGGAAGCUCCUGAGCAGCUGCUGUGUUGAUCUCAUGGGAUCAGGAGCAGGUCGGAGUUCAGGGCGUUGGACUGAAUCAGUUUCAUCCACUGAAGAGGAAGUGUGGGUGAGACACAAAUCAACCUAAUUUGUGUCUUUUAUUUUAGUUUUAAUAUUUGCAAAAGUAAAAUCUACAAACAAAAAGGCUGCUUUCGGCUCCUUGAUUAUUACAGUAGCGAUACUAGAUACUGUGAUCACCGUUAAUAUCACUGAGGAUCUUUGUCCUUCUGUUUGCAAAGCAUUUUCUUUAACAACAGAAAAUGUUUUGACUUUGCUAAAUGAAGAGAAACACCUGCACACUGACUCCAGAUGCUUUUACAUGGAAUACAUAUUUGGUCCACUCAGAUUGAAUCAGUUUAAAAUGCAUUCAAAUGGUUAAGGAGCUGCAACUACAGUUAUUUUCAUUAAUUUUCAAGUUAACUAUAGUUUAUCAUUGGGCCAACUGUUCAAACGCCAGAACCCGAGUGAAACCACAACUCAACCUGCUAGAUCCCACAGAUUUUUAUAUCUGGAUCAGCACCAAAUUGUGCAAACUCAUAGUUAUCAGUCUCCAUCCAGAUACAAGAAUUAUCCCUUUGCAAAAUGGUGACAAUGAACAACAAACUCUGUGUAUGGAGCAGUGGGGUUUUAUAAUCUCCUCUUAUUUUGCUCUCUGACACUGUGUCUCAAUUCGGACAUUGGGUAACUCUGUAGUUUUGAAGCUCUCAGUGAGUCUGUCGGCCGAAGAUAACUCUGCAUCUUUUGAACACUUUAUAAAUUCAACAAACUGACCCAAAAAAACACACAUGAUUUACCACAGAUAAGUGUGCAACUCCACAAUAAGCACUACAGUACGUAUUUGCAACUAAAUGCUGAUGGUGCCUUAGCAGUAGAAGAAAAUGUAACUUCUAGAAAUGAAGUUAAGUCUAGGUUGCACUGAUCAUGAUGAUGAUGAUGAUGAUGAUGAUGAUGAUGAUGAUGAUGAUGAUGAUGAUGAUGAUGAUGAUGAUGAUGAAGAUGAUGAUGAUGAUGAUGAUGCCAAAUGCCAACCAUGUACUGGGGUCCUUCAGAUCAGGUAUAUACCCUAAACCUGUCUAAAACAGAGAAUUUAUUAUUUUAUUCAUUUGACUUUAGGUUUAAUACGUCUUCGUCCUAAAUGCUUCAAAGCGCAGUUGCAGGGAUGGUUUGAUAUUCUGGAUUGUUCUCAUUUAAUUCUGCAAGAAAGCAAAUCAUAAUAAAAAUGUUCGAAACACAAUGUUUUUGAGCUGAAUAUUAUCAGUUUGCAUUGUUGAAUAAAAAACGUGUCCACACUAGCACUGUCCGGACUUCAAUGAUCUAAAUGUGCACAUCAGACACAACAUCACACGCAUACUGAAAAUACAGUUACACGUUGUACUUUUCAGAAUUACCAGCAGGGGGCAAAAAAAGACCAUUUAACACAACGUGUGGGAACAGAAGUAGAGAAAGUAUUCAAGAUAUUUACAUCGGCAGAGUAAAAGUACUAAUACCACACUGUAGAAUUACUCUUUGAAAAGUAAAAGUCCUUCCUUUGACAGUUAUACUGUUAAAUUAUAUCAUUAGAUUCUUUUUACACUUCUACUGCAGGGGCUGGUUCACUAAGUUAUAACCUUAAAGAUAUUUUCGCAGCAAAUUAUUAUUUUUUAUUCAGGAUAGUACAUUUUACUUCGCUAGUUUCGUUCAACCAACAGUCAAAAACUAGAAUUAUUAAAAAGUGAAUCCAAAAUUUUAAACCAUGAACCAUGAAAAGUAGUGACUGACAACAAUGAAAUCAUAAAACUUUCUGUCAAUCCAAUAAUAACCCUACUGGUGUAUACUGUGGGCAAGGUUAAUUUACAGCAAUGUGUCAUUUUAUGAGUACUUCAAAUGUUUUGUUGGUCAAAGUAUUAAUUUUAAAAAAAAACGGGGCUCAAACGUCAUGGACUAUAAUUUAAAAGUCCUCUAGAGCCCAGCAUGUUGGAACUGAUGACUGAAGUACUCACAACAAGUACGCACUGGGAUUUUGUACGAUAAUA